AUGGCCCCAAACAAACCAGAGGAACAAUCUGUCGAGCGCACCCAAGAACAUGAAGACUUCCUGAACACCUUGGUCGAAUACCACGAAAAGCGCGGCACUGUCCUGGACCGCGAACCCAAGGUCGGGAGCCGGCACAUUGACCUGUUGCGACUCUACAAACGCGUUAAUGAAGAGGGAGGGUACGAUAGGGUUUCAGAUACCAAAAACAACAAGCUUGCGUGGCGCAAAAUCGCGACUGAGUUUCUGCCCAAGAGCCCCAGCAUCACAACCCAGGCCUUUUUGGUGAAGACGGCCUACUACAAGAACCUUGCCGCCUACGAAAUAUCCACCGUUCACAAGCGCGAACCCCCGCCGCCCGAAAUCCUCGAGAACGUGUCUGCAAAGGGCGGAGACCUGCUCAACCGGACCGUCGACAACUUCUUCCCAACCAGCAAUAGAGAGGCCGAACGACUAAGGGGAGAGGAAGACAGCGAUUCCGAAGACGACGUCGAGAAGACACCCAAAGACGAUAAGAUGGACGUGGACGAGCCUGGUAGCCUCGGGCGGUCGACGAGGUCCCUCCGCCAUGCGCCGCCGCAGCGAGUGCUCUUCCAGCCCGAGUCUUCAACCCGACAGACGCGCCAAUCGACAGGCCAUCUGACUUCGUCGCAAGCCAACGGCUACGGCACCAGCGGCGCAGCCAUGACGAUCGCGAACUACGAGCCACGGACCGCCGUACCAGCCACCAUGAAGCCCGUCGUUACCCCGUCCAACUCCCUCGAUACCUACAUACAGUCGCGCAAGAAGUACAUUCUCAACAAGAAGAACAGGCCGGUGCCGCUCAAGGGCAUGAUGCUGCCCGGUACCGGCUUCUCAGGGCCCAGCAUAUACAUCCGCGCUUUGAAUGCGCUGCGGUCAAAGGAGCCUGAGGAGGAGGCAUACGCACUCCACCACCUGGUCAAGAUCUCGCACGAGCGAGGAGACAAGUACCGCUUCGAUCAGUUCCCGGGGCUCGCAGAUGCACUCAUCGCCAAGGUCAUUGACGUGUCCACAUUGUUCUUCGAUGUGAACUGGGACAUCUCAUACGUCGAGGAGGACUUUUCUCAGCCGCAAACCCUGAACGGACUGACCGGCACCCGCGACCUGUUGCAGCGCAUCAAAUCUCUCCGCCCACUCGACAUGCACGACAACCUCCUACCCGAGCAAUCCGCAAAGGCACUCACCAUGAUCAACGAGGCUGCGCUCAUCAUCCGGAACAUGGUGAUGCUGAAAGAGAAUGCCAUCUUCGCGGCCUCUGUGCCAUCCAUCCAAGACAUGAUCGUUAUCGCACUCAACCUGCCCCGCCACUCCACUAUCGUGGAGCUACAGCAUUACGCCCUAGAGAUUGCCGAGCAGCUGACAAAGUACUGGAUACUGGACUCGCAAAGCCCGCUGUAUCGCUCUUUGCUCGCCCAAGUGGAUUCCGACGACCGUGGCCGCAUUAUCACAUCGCUGAGAGCACUCGCCCGGAUAGCAAUGAACCUGGAGGCUACAAACAAGCUCUCUGACGUGCCAGUCAAGACCCUCAAGUCAAUCUGCGACUGGCUGCUAGUAGAAGACGAGGAUCUGCGCAUAGCAUGCCUGGACUUCCUCUAUCUCUUCACUGGUUUCCCCGACAACGUUGAGACGCUUGUACACGAAGUUGACAUUGAAGGAGUGGCGAAGCAACUGGUACGCUUGUUACAAUACGGUGCAAUUGCAUACGAAGAACGAAGGAGUGCCGCCAAGACGGCAAAGACCUCUGCACCUCCAGAGAAUGCGCCUAAGCUUUCGUCUGCAAUCAUAGAUCAUCUUGUGACGCUUGAUGAGCCAGAGCGUAGCUCGCAAUGGCUCAAGACGUGUUUCGAAGAGGAUGCUACUGGCGAGAUUACUCAGAUCCAGCUCUGGUCUGCCUACAACGCAGCCUUCUCAGAACACAUGACGAAUAAUCCGGCUUCUUUCAAGGCGCUGAUGCCAGCUAAGGACUUCAUCACGAAUGUAUCGACGACGUUCGGUGGCGCCUCCGCUCAGGUGUUGACCGUGGGUGGGCAGCCAAAGUAUACCAUAAGAGGCAUACGGCCACGAUCCGUACCAGUUGACCCAAGCACAAAGAGGCCGUACAUGCGCUGCUGCUGGCAUCCACCGAGCCUCCUGAACGGCCACGCCGACUCGAAACAUUCGACAGCUAACAUCGAGUGCGGUGAGUUCGCUUCUGGAGCACGCUCUAUGUGGGAACACGUGGUCAGUGUCCAUCUCCAAGUUCCCCGCGACCAGGAAACCGGACAGUGGCUGCUUGAGCCAAAGCUGGACAUCAAGGACAUUGUCAAUAUCGAGAACGGCGACACCCCAGAAGCGACGAAAUACUACUGUCACUGGGGCGGCUGCACUCGAUUCUCGCCUGACGGCACGGAAUCCGCGUUCGAGGCUGGACAGCAUGUCAAGACGCAUUUGCCUGAUACGAGUAUCAAGCAGGCCAUCCACGCGAAACACAACCGCACGCCUUCAGAGUCACGGCCCUUGACUUCUUCCGCACAAGCACGACAUGAGAACUUCCAGCCGCAGUUUGGACAACCGGUCGGGCUGGGUAGCUUGGGUAUGGGUGGGCGACACCAAAGUUCAUCGACCAGCUCUGCAAGCAGAUACGGUGGCCGAGAGGAUGCAGCAGGAGCACAAUCAGCACCCAACUUCCGCUACUACAAUACGGCGACUGACGAUACCAAUGAUGCCGCCGGCCUCCCUCUGUCCUCUGUUCUUGUCCUUCGCAACCUUGCUCGGCAGCUCAACAAGAUCCCGCCCCCAACCACUGUCACCGACAUUACCUCACCAUCCUCCCCAGCCCACAAGCGGACGUUCAGUGCCAGUGAAGGAAGCCCCGAAGCCGCCAGACGAGCCACAGCCGGCGGCAAGAAGCCACGCCUCAGCGAUGCGGCAGCGGAACAAAGACGAGAGAACGAAGAGAAGGAGGAAGAAGAAGCCAAGAACGCAGGAUGGGUGCCUCGCAUCUUUGCUCCGCUGCGAGACCAGAUUGCCUUUACAGCGAGCCAUAAUCUUACUCUCCGGAACUAUGUCGGCGGUCUGCUCAAGGCCAUCGCUGAAGGUGGUAGUUAG